AUUUUCUCUCGCUUUCUUGUACUUCUAUGCCAUUUCCUCUCGAUAUAUCAAGAUUUCGAGUCAUCUCAAGUCUUGAAGUCAAAGGAUAAGGGCCGUAUACUCGUGCACGCCGCUUGCUGGUGUUCCUUUUCCGUUAUCCGUCGGACCUCGCGGUAUUCGGACAGACAUCAAGAUACGAAAAUAGCGACGACUCAUUGAACGAAAUGAAUACUUCUGGAAGCCAUAUAUAUACUCUUGGUCCUCUUUGUUCUUAGUCUCAGUCUCAGUCUCCAAACACAUUCAACUUGACCCUUCAACCCCACCAUUACAGUCCAAUUCAACAAUCCUACUACAACACCAACAACAACGACGCCAGCAUGACAGCCUCAGACCCUGAACACAUAGCCAUCCUCGGCGCCGGCGUAAUCGGCCUCACCUCCUCCAUAGUCCUAGCCCAUGCCUACCCCUCCUCCAAAAUCACCAUAAUCGCCAAACACUUCCCCGGCGACCGCUCCAUAGAAUACACCUCUCCCUGGGCGGGCGCAAACUGGUCGUCCAUGGCCAACGACAACGGACCGCUUGAAAAAUACGAUCUCGUCACUUUCAAUCGCUUUGGCGAAAUCAUGGAUGGAAAAGAUGUGCAUGGGUGCAAAGUGCAGAGGAAGGGGGAGGGCAAUGAGGCCGGAUUGGGCAGGCAGGAGAUGUGGGCUGUGCUUGGUGCGCCGAUUGAACAGACGAAUCUUCUGACACCACAGACGGGGAGGAUUUGGUAUGACGAGCUUGUUGGUGGGCUCAGAAACUUAACAAAUGAAGAACUCCCGGAGGGAGCAGUGUUUGGACUUGAAUUCCCGAGCACUUUCCGGAUCAACACGCAGGUGUAUCUGCAAUGGUUGCAAUCCCAAGCCCUCAGUAAAGGCGUCAAGCUCGAGCGGCGCCAACUCUCAUCCAUCAGAGAGCUGCUCGCCUCACACCCAGACACAAGCAUCUUGCUCAACGCGACAGGUCUGGGAGCACUCAAACUAGAAGACGUCCGCGACACGAACAUGUACCCCACGCGCGGCCAAACAGUGCUCGUCGCGGAGCCAAAGACGCCCAUGAAGAGAAUGUACGAACACGAGCAGACGUACUACAGCUCGCCGAAACGCAUCGAUCCAACGACAACCUACGUGUUCCCGCGCACCCUCGGCGGGGGCGUGAUUCUGGGCGGUAGUCGCCAGGACAACGACUGGAGCAAUGAAUGGGAUUCUGAGCUCGAAGCGCAGAUCCUCGAAAGAUCAUGCAAACUCGCGCCAGAGUUGGGGAAGCCGGAGGAUCUGCAGAUCAUUGCUAGGAAUAUUGGGCUGCGGCGUGAGUACAGGUGUAUGUUGUGGGUGUCUGGGGCUUUGCUAAUACGGAUGAUAGCUUCGAGGAAGGGUGGACCAAGGAUUGAGAUCGAGAAGGAGACGCAGAAGUGGAACGUUGCGGUUGUACAUGCGUAUGGACAUUCUGGAGCAGGGUAUCAGGCUAGUUGGGGGACAGCGGAGAGGGUGCUGGAGUUGGUGCAGAAGGCACUGAGUCCGAGUGCGAAGUUAUGA